AUGGGUAAGCCAAAAGUAUUAGUCAUUGGAUCAGGUGGAGUAGGUACAAUCUCCGCAGUAUCAUUAAAACACAACAACCAAUCAGAAGUCACAUUAGUUGUCCGUUCAGACUAUGAUUUGAUCAAAUCACAAGGAUACUCGAUCAAUUCUUGUACCUAUGGGGAAUUAACAAAUUGGCAACCACAUAAUCUCGCCCAGUCAGUUGAAGAUGCAUUGGAAAGAUUUGGUCCAUUCGACUACAUACUCUUGACAACGAAGAAUAUUCCCGAUGGACCAGUAACUUGUGAAGACAUCAUUUCACCGGCGAUCAAGACUGGUGAUGAAGUGAUCAUAUUAUUGCAAAAUGGUAUCAAUAUUGAAAAAACCAUGUUGGAGAGAUUUCCGGGACAUUUGAUUCUUAGUGGCGUGUCUCUUAUUGCAAGUACUUAUCACCAUGGUCAUGUUGAAAAUAAAGGUCAAGAUAUUGUGUUUCUUGGAGAUUUUGUCAAACCAAGUACACAUCCAUUAUCAAAGGCUAAAAUUGAUGAAUUCAUUUCCAUUUACAAUAAUCCUGGUUUCAACAAAAUCAUCAUCGAUGAAGAUGUUCAAAAGACAAGAUGGGAGAAGUUGAUUUACAAUUCAACCUUUAAUACUAUUACUGCAUUGGUUGAUUUGGAUGCCACUAGAUUACAAAUUAACAACGCCAAUGAAGAAUUAUUACGUCCAGCAAUGAACGAAGUCAUUGCAAUUGCCAAAAGUGUUGGUGUUGAAUGUGAUGCUUCUAAAAUUGAAUUACUAAUUCAUAUAGGCGACGGGUUGUUUUAUGCUCCUUCAAUGUGUGUUGAUAUGAGAAAGAAGCAAUUAAUGGAAUUGGAAAUUAUCUUGGGUAAUCCAAUCAGGAUCGCUAAAGAAAGUGGUGUAGCUACUCCUGUUUUAUCUGUUAUUUAUUCAUUAUUGAAAAUGGUUCAGUUUAGAUUGAAAGAGGAGAGAAAGAUGUUUUCCAUUAAUGAAAAUGAUUUCAGGGGUAACUCUGAUGAGUAUCCAAAAAUUUUUGAACAGAAAUACAUCCAUUGA